AUGAAUCGUGGCUGCAUUGCACCUAAGGAGACUUCCAUGGACAUAACCGAUAAAACAGUUCCAUUCGAACCACGUACUCUUGUUCGGUCAGGACAGAUAAGCGACAAAUUUUCGCCAAGUUGCGAGGAAAGCCUCCUCCGCAAAGAAAAGCAAGAAAAGGAAGCUUUGAAGAAGGAGAUUGAAAAGAACAAGGAGGCCUGGGAAGCUGAACAGAGGGCGCAUCCGCCAGGCAGACUGCCCGGAACCUAUGAUCCUGUGAUAGGUUCUGGAGCACCACAAAACUGGGAGCCACGAGUUCUUUCAGUAGAUGACCUAGUUUUCAAGAAGGUGGAACCAAAAACGCUCUGGCAGAAGGCAGUUGAUCUUCCGGCCCCAGAGCCGUACUGUAAAAGGAAAGUGACGUUUGCGCCAAAACCAGCGGAAGAAACCAAGCAGUGUCAAUGA